CAGAUUGGUAUUUAUUUAUCUAUCUCUGCCGUCUCUCGCUUUUUUUCUUCUGAUAGGAAGAGAAGACGAAGAGUCGGCAUAGACGAUAGACGACUUUGUUUUGUUUCUGCUCUUUUUUAAGUACAGCAUAUGAUGGGUGAUAGAAUCCCAUCUGGAAGUUACUUCCAAUACUCCCCUUCUGGAGUCCAUGCUUCUCCUCACAGGCCUUCUUCUGCUUAUUUAGAUCGAGAGAGCAAUGGAAGAUAUUUGGCUGAAUUGUUGGCAGAGAGGCAGAAACUGGGCCCAUUUAUGCAAGUUUUACCAUUUUGCAGCCGGCUUCUUAAUCAAGAGAUUGUACGAGCGUCUGCUUUGGUACAAAAUCAAGGUUUUGCAGAUCAUGAAAGAAUUGAGCAUGAGAGUCCACUAAGGUCAACUGUUCAACACCCAAAUGGUGGACCGAUGGAUUUGGAGGAAUGGUCCGUGAUGCAAACAGAGGAAAAUGGAAUUCUUCAAAGAAUGGGCGCCUUCCAAGCUUCACCAAUUGGUUGGCAUGGGGCACCUGGAGUUCCAACCAGCCCUGUUUUGAAGAAAGUCAUUAGACUAGAUGUUCCAGUCGACAAAUUUCCCAAUUUCAACUUUGUUGGCCGACUCUUGGGACCACGAGGGAACUCUUUGAAAAGAGUUGAAGCUACAACACAAUGUAGGGUGUACAUAAGAGGUCGAGGUUCUGUGAAGGAUUCUGUAAAGGAAGAAAAACUCAGAGAUAAACCUGGAUAUGAGCACCUAAAUGAGCCUUUACACGUGCUGGUGGAGGCUGAAUUUCCAGCAGAUAUGAUAGAUUCCCGUCUGAAUCAAGCUGUGUCAAUAUUAGAUGACCUUUUGAAGCCUGUGGAUGAGUCAUUGGAUUACUACAAGAAGCAACAAUUGAGGGAAUUGGCUCUGCUAAAUGGUACAUUGAGGGAGGAGAGCCCUCACAUGAGCCCAAGCAUGUCCCCCUUCAAUAGUGCGGCAGGGAUGAAACGAGCCAAGACAGGACGAUAGCCAUUAUGUUCUAGUUGAAGCAACCAUAAUUUCCUUCCUGGGUCCAUAAAAGGCACUCUUGUCAGAAUAUAGUUUCUUAAUGAUUAACCAUUUUGCGAGUGCCUUGGGAGGCUGAGAAAUUUCGACUGGUUACUUGGUUAUUAGUAAUUUUGAGUGGGUUAAAGAUUUGGUGCCGGACAUAUCACAUAUCUCAGAUGGGUUUCUAUUCAAUAUUGUUCGUU